CACUGAAAUCAAACCCAAUGGUGAGAGCCUAUAGUAGCAAUUGCUGAUCAGAAUAUCAUAAAAAGAUGGAAAAGGCACACAUGUCUGUAAACCGAGAAGAGAAGGUACUGGUUCUGGUGAGAUUGAGGCCCCUAAACAAGAAAGAGAUUGCUGCUAACGAAGCUACGGAUUGGGAAUGUAUCAAUGAUACCACCAUUUUGUACAGAAACACCUUGCGCCAAGGCUCUAACAUUCCCUCUACAUAUUCGUUUGAUAGAGUAUACGGAGGUGAAUGUCCCACCAGGCAAGUUUACGAGGAUGGGGCCAAGGAAAUCGCCCUAUCGGUUGUCAAAGGAAUCAAUUGUAGUAUUUUCGCAUACGGCCAGACGAGUAGUGGAAAGACAUACACCAUGACUGGCAUUACUGAGUUUGCUGUGGCUGACAUUUUUGACUAUAUCUUUCAGCAUGAAGAAAGGGCGUUUUCAGUGAAAUUUUCAGCUAUAGAGAUCUACAAUGAGAACAUACGUGAUCUGCUUAACUCGGAUGGUACAUCUCUUAGGCUACGUGACGAUCCUGAGAAAGGGACAGUGGUUGAAAAAGCCAGAGAGGAAACUCUGCGAGACUGGAACCAUUUCAAGGAGCUUCUAUCUGUUUGUGCAGCACAGCGUAAGAUUGGUGAAACUUCCUUGAACGAGAGAAGCUCCAGAUCUCAUCAAAUUAUCAAAUUGACAGUUGAAAGUUGUGCAUGUGAGUUGUUAGGCAAAGAAAACUCCACCACCCUCAUGGCUAGUGUGAGUUUCAUAGAUCUGGCGGGAAGCGAGCGUGCAUCCCCGACGAUGUCAAGACUCAAGGAAGGCUGUCAUAUCAAUCGAAGUUUGCUUGCUCUUGGAACUGUGAUCCGUAAACUUAGUAAGGGAAGACAAGGAGGGCACAUCAACUUUCGAGACUCCAAACUCACACGAAUACUACAGCCAUGCUUGGGUGGUACUGCUAGAACAGCCAUCAUCUGCACUCUGAGCCCCGCAAGGAGUCACGUAGAGCUGACCAAGAACACUCUCUCGUUUGCCUCCUGUGCAAAAGAAGUUACCACAAAGGCGCGCGUCAAUGUUGUCAUGUCAGACAAGGCUCUUCUGAAACAACUACAGCUCGAGCUUGCGAGGCUCGAGACCGAGCUGAGAAAGGCUGCCUCGAACUGUGAUUGUGCAAUGAAGAAAGAUGCUCAGAUACAAAAGAUGGAAGAACAGAUUGAAGAGUUGAGAGUACAGAGGGAUCUUGCUCAGUCCCGUUUUGAACACGAUGAGGUGACCUCAAAGGAUAUUGCUUCUGUUCGGCCUCACUCUGACGAUGAUGUUCUCAAUGAAGAUCUGCCUAUGCGGUCAGAAGAUCCAUCAGAUGGAUAUUACAGAGAAGUCCAAUGCAUCGAGAUUGAGGAAUCAGCCAAUAGCAACGACAAAGAGGAGAGAGCAGCAGAACCAAAAAACGUUUUAGGCCGUAGUGAUAGUGGUAAUGGUGAAACGAGUGUAGGCCAAAACGUGAAGUUGAGAAGGCUGAACCACAUAGCUACUGUUCCAAGCACGAGCACUCCAUCUGGACCAGAGAGACAUGAAAUUGUGUUGCCUGCUUUGGAGAAUGAUUCUUCUAUGUCUUCUUCUUGUGGGAGCAGUUCCACAGGGGUUCCCUUGGGGGAAGAGGGAGGUAUCACUAGCAUCCGUACUUUCUUUAAUGGUCUUCAGGAGAUGGCUGAUCUUCAUGGCGGCCACGUAUCUAAUGCUGAGGCUUCUGGUACAAUGGGGAGGGACCUUGGUGUGGACGAAGAUUUUGAGAGAAAGCGGCAAGAGAUUCUGGAGCUAUGGCAAAGCUGUAACGUCUCUUUGGUGCAUAGAACAUACUUUUACUUGCUCUUCAAAGGAGAUGAUGAGGCUGAUUCAAUCUACAUUGGAGUUGAGCUAAGAAGACUUCUGUUUAUUAAAGAUCGCUUCUCCCAAGGAAAACAAGCCUCGGAAGGCAGAGGAACCUUAACAUUGGCUUCAAGCCGGAAGGCACUCCACAGGGAGAGAAAGAUGCUGAGCAAGCUUGUGAGUAAAAGGUUUUCAGAGGAAGAGAGGACAAGAAUCUAUCACAAGUUUGGCAUAUCGGUUAACACCAAACGCAGACGUUUACAACUUGUGAAUGAGCUUUGGAGCAAUCCUAAAGACAUGACUCAUGUUGCGGAAAGUGCAGAUGUUGUAUCCAAGCUUGUGAGCUUCACUGAACAAAGCAGAGUCAUGAAGGAGAUGUUUGGUCUGGCCUUCACACCUCCUUCCUUCUUACAGCUCAGAAAUAGCAUAGUUGGAGAAAAGCAUGCCUUCACUUUUCUAACCAUCUGUUUUCGGCAUUGACAUUAUUAAUACUUUUCGGUUUCUUGUAGGCUUGUGUAUAUCUUCUUUUAUGUCUUCUCUUUUUCCUUCUUUUGAUUUGAAGGAGUCAACACUGUGUAAUUGAUUUAUUUAUCAGCAAUAUUAGUACCCGUAAAUUAUGUUGUUAUAGAAAAAUUACCUAAAAUUAACAUGUAAACACAAUCUAAAACGGAAACAUCUAAUGAAAUCUGUUGACCAAAGUUACAGUCAAAUUAAAAACAGUCAACAGUCAAAUUUCUUUUAUGGAAAAACUCACUACAUAAUAUGGAAGAUUUAUUUGUAUAUAUAUACGUGUGGUUUAGUUCUCUUAACAAAGCACAGAAUCUUAGCUAAUAGUUGCAGCAUCUCCUAAAAGCUAUAAGUAAUGGCAGCAAAGAAGUUUUCAUUUCUUCAAUUACCAUUCUUAAUGGUGUUUGCUCUCAUCCUUUUGCCUACGAUUUCAGGACAAUAUUACAAAUGUAUGAAGGACGGGUGUACAUUAACAUUGGUAUGCGAUGCAAAAUGCAAGUCUAUGGGGUUCCCCAAAGGAGGGGUUUGUCGAGCAUAUAGUUAUGGCGGUGCUUGUUGCUGCGAAUGCAGUUCUAAAGCAUGUCAACAUCCUUUCAUAUCCAAUCUUCAUUAAGCCUUAAUUUUUAUAUGAUUACAUAAACAAAUACUUGAAUUUUACAAUAAAACUAUUUACAUC